AUGUUAUUAAUCAAAUACUCAACAACAAUGCCUUCUCGGCAUCAACGGAAAGCUUGGACAAUGGUCUUAUUAUUGUUGGCUCUCCCUUUUAAUAAUGCCUUUUUGUUUGGAAGUUUAGGCGGUGGAGGUGGUGGUGGUGGAAGUUGUAAUUCUUGUUGUGCACCACCCCCACCCCCACCUGUUUGUGCACCACCACCAUCUUGUGGUUGUGGUGGCGGUGGUGGUGGAGGAGGCGGCGGUGGAGGUUCAAGAGGUCCAAUAAUUGUUAACUGUGGUGGUGGUAAUGAAAUUGGAGCAGUCGGAGGAGGAGGAGGCUAUGGUGGUGGUGGAAGAGGCGAAGGAGGAGGCGAUGGAGGAGGAGGAUGUGGAGGCGGUGGAGGAGGAUGUGGAGGCGGUGGAGGAGGAUGUGGAGGCGGUGGAGGAGGAUGUGGAGGCGGUGGAGGAGGAUGUGGAGGCGGUGGAGGAGGAUGUGGAGGCGGUGGAGGUGGAUGUGGAGGUGGCGGUGGAGGAGGAUGUGGAGGCGGUGGAGGAGGAUGUGGAGGCGGUGGAGGAGGAUGUGGAGGCGGUGGAGGUGGAUGUGGAGGUGGCGGUGGAGGAGGAUGUGGAGGCGGUGGAGGAGGAUGUGGAGGCGGUGGAGGAGGAUGUGGAGGCGGUGGAGGAGGAUGUGGAGGCGGCGGUGGAUGUGGAGGAGGAGGUGGUGGUGGAUGCGGAAGCAGUGGAGGUUCUAGUAUCGAUCUUCAACUUGGAUGCAGCAGUGGAGGAGGCGGUGAAGGAGGUUGCGGCGGUGGAGGAGGCGGUGGUUGCGGAGGAGGCGGUGGUUGCGGAGGUGGAUGUAGCAGUGGAGGCGGAGGAGGUGGAGGUUGCGGAGGCGGAUGCAGCAGUGGAGGUGGAGGAGGAGGUUGUGGCGGUGGAGGAGGUGGUGGUUGCGAAGGCGGAUGCAGCAGUGGAGGUGGAGGAGGAGGCGGUGGUUGUGGAGGCGGAUGCAGUAGUGGAGGUGGAGGAGGAGGAUGUGGAGGCGGGUGUAGCAGUGGAGGCGGAGGGGGCGGUGGUUGCGAAAGUGGAUGUAGUGGUGGAGGCGGUGGAGGUUGCAGCGGAGGUGGAGGUGGCGGUUGCGCAAGUGGAUGCAGCGGAGGAGGCGGUGGAUGCAGCAGUGGAGGAGGAGGUGGAGGUUGUGAAAGCGGUGGAUGUUCAGCUGUUGCUCCAAGUGGUGGCGGCUGCUCGGGUGGUGGAGGAGGUGGCUGUGAAGGUGGUGCUUCUAGUGGUGGAGGUCAAUAUGCUGCACCUCAAGUUAGUGCUGGUGGUGGUGGAGGCGGUGGUUGUGGAGGCGGUUGCAGCAGUGGCGGAGGAGGAGGUGGAGGAUGUAGUAGUGGAGGCGGAGGAGGUGGAGGAUGUAGCAGUGGAGGUUGCAGCAGUGGUGGUGGCGGUGGAGGAGGAGGAGGAGGUCGCUUUCAAUUCUAA